AUGAGUGAGAUAUAUGAGGAAGAUGCUGGGUCCUUCGCAACAGCAACGCUUCCACUCUAUCAUGGUCCUGUUAUUAAAAUCCGAAUCCAAUCUAUUGGUUGUGAAUACACAAUUUCCAAAGGACUCCUCUGCGCGGAGUCGCCAGUUUUCACAGCCAUGUUCGAAGGUCAUUUUCGAGAGGCUCAAGAGCAGACAGUGGACCUAGAAGAAAUGGAAGGCGUUGUCUCUAAGCAAAGCCUUGAAGCCCUCCUUCAAUGGCUAUACCUCCGUUUUGUCAAGUUUGAUAUCAAAGACACCAAGAAGCGUAUUUCAGCUGCUAUAGAGCUCGCAAGACUCGCGGACAAAUACCAGAUUACCAGGAUAGAAUCCCAGACGGCCCGAUACAUCAAGAAGGCUAUUGCCAAUCCACAUCCCGAUGCCAAGGAAUACUACCGAAAUUUCGACACAAGCGACAAGAACACCCGCUGGCUGGGAGAAGAAGACAUUAUUUCAGGAACUCUCCUGCGCAACGGCCAUCCCGUACGCCGUACUUUAGCCGCAGCCUCCGUUUGCUGGUAUCUCCAAGGCAAACGGCACACAUUUACCGACCUAGCUCAACAAUAUCCCCAAUUUGGAGCUGAUCUCCUCCAUGAAGUGAGGCUAGUCCUGGAUUCUCUGUACACAAACAGUGCUACUUUCAACGACCCUAUUAGCGGGGAAAUACGGUAUCUGAAUCAGGCCACGAAGCGUUGA